AUGCAACCUCCCAUCGCCUCAGCAGCCAAAACACAACCAACCCGUCUCCUCUUCAUAGCCUCAAUAGGCAACCAGGCUCCCUACCGCAGAACAAGACAUAGCGCAGGCCACCUCCUCCUCGACGAAUUAGCGCCCCGUCUCCGCGCGAACUGGUCCCAAAAUAACACCAACAUCGGCGUCGGCGUCUCAGGGGCUGAGAUAGCUGAAGUAAGCCACAGUCAAAGCCACUUGCCGAUCGGCGCAUACUACACAACAUGGUAUAGCCCCAGCUACAUGAAUGAGUCGGGGCCGAAACUCGUGCGCCAAUUAUCAAAAUGGCUUGGGAGACAGGAUGAGGUUGUUGCGCGGGGAACUGCACUUCCUUCUAAGGCUGAGUCUUGGUUAGAGGGAUUAGUUCCUUCUUCGAACUCGGCUGGGAAUGGAAAGGGAUACCCUGCUACUCUUGUUAUUCUGCAUGAUGAGCUUGAGGCGCCGUUGGGGAAGAUUAGGAUUAAGAGGGGUGGACCUGAGAGUGCUAGUUUGCGUGGACACCGAGGAUUGAUUAGUGUUUUGGAGAGUCUGAGGGGGAAAGGGAUGUAUGCUCAUGGUUCGAAAGUUAGUUCGAAUCCGGGUCGGGAUCAGGCACAGACACAGAAGAAGGGUGGAAAAGAAUCUAUUGUGCCAAGGGAUCUUUCUAUUCUACGAGUUGGGAUUGGGAUUGGGAGGCCGGAUAGUCGGGCGAAGAAUGCGGUUGCGGAUUAUGUUUUGACGGAGAUGGAUGCUGCGGAGGUUGAUGCUGUGCAUCAGACUGUUGCUCCGGUUAUGGGGAUUUUGGAGGAGGAAUUAUUUUGGAAUGGGCAGGAGUCGACUAAGAAGAAAUGA